AGUGCCUUGAUAUUUGACUCGUUUGUUAGGGAAAUAAAAUGUUACAUUACAAAGUCAGUUCUAGAAGACCCGUUUCAAUUCAAUCUCUACUGAUCUUCAAACUCUUCAAAAUCUCAGUAGUCACACAAAGAAACAAACCCUCCCAAAAAUCAUGUCGGAUGGUAUCGCACGCAGUCGUCUUGCAGAGGAACGAAAAGCCUGGCGCAAAAAUCAUCCCCAUGGUUUUGUGGCUAAACCUAAGACAAGGGCAGAUGGGAGUGUUGAUUUGAUGGUUUGGCAUUGUGUUAUCCCCGGUAAAAAAGGGGUCAGUCUACAAAAAAAUUUCUUUUAAUCAAAGUUUGGACUUUUGAAGUUUUUUUUAUGUUGCAUGUAAGCCUAGGAUUUACUUGCAUUGAAAUUUCUAUGGUUGUUUACAGAUUGGGAAGGUGGGUACUUUCCACUGACACUCAACUUCAGUGAGGAGUACCCAAGCAAACCCCCUAAAUGCAAGUUCCCAAAUGGAUUCUUACACCCUAAUGUUUAUCCUUCUGGAAUUGUGUGUUUGUCUAUCAUCAGCGAGCGUCGUGGAUGGAGACCCUCUAUUACAGUGAAACAAAUCAUAGUGGGGAUUCAAGAUUUGCUUGAUCAACCCAAUGCUACUGACGCUGCACAAACAGAGGGACAUUAGCUUCACGUAUCGGUAAGUAACAAAAGUUUAGCCUUUACUUAUUUCUAUUGUUCUAUAGUUUUGUUUUCCGAUAUGCGCUAAUACAGAACCCAAAUGAGUACUGGAAAAGAGUUCAACAAGUCCUGCAAUAUCCACAGUCUCUCUAGUCAUAUGCUACAUCACCAGAACUGUUUACUGUUAUAUAAGUCAUAUUACCGGAUCGGUCUUUGCAUAUGUCAACUCGGUUCCAUAUUUGACGGGACUAACUUUUUACAGGGAAAUUUGUUUGCUAUUUAAUAGAAAUCCUGUGUUAGUUUGAAAUUA